AUGGACGAAAUUGAGUACGAUUACACGAAGGAAUUGUUGCCAGAAGAUGCACAAGCACUUUUCAACAAACGUACCAGUGAAAUUGCGGCCGAGGAUCGAGCUUAUGAAGAUCGUUCUUCCCCAAUGACGGUUCUCCAUGCUGGUGAUAUUCAGUCAGGGGAGAAUGCAGUUGAUCAUCUUGAAAAUUUGGACGAAGAUGAAGGAAAAUUCAGCAAAAGGAACUUCAUUAGUGUAUCGGAAGUCUAUAAACAGAACAAGGACUUGCGUGCUCUUGUGUUUCGCUUAAAAAUGGACUUAUUUUCCUUGAAAAAAGAAAUUCCCAAUUUGCAGAACGCUGACGGGGCUGAUUUAGCGAUGGAGCUUGUAAGGUGCAAAGCUCAAUUGAAUGAAGAGCAGUGUGAGAAAAAAAACUUAGAUGGAAAGCUACAAAGUUUUGGACGAGAGUUUGAAGCUUUUAAAUCGACAUAUGCAGUGGAAAAGGAGAAGUGGUGUAAAGAAAAAGAAGAUUUAAUUGCUGAACGUGAAAAACUUUUGACGCAGGUCAGCGAGCUGAAAAAAGAAGUCGAUUCUCGAGUCAACAGUUAUGCUGGCGUUCGAGAAGAAACGCGAGAAGUACGUUCUGUCAGUACAUGUGAAAGCGACUUGAGCCAGGGAGAGUUCUCUAUACUCUCCGAACGAGACCAACAUUUAGAGGAAGUAAGAACUGCGAUGUUUCGGCAAAAGGCUGAAGCAGAAGAAGCGCGAAAAAACUUUUUAAAGAAGAUUGAUGAGCUUGAGGCAGAUCUGAAAAAGAAAGAGUGGAGCAUUACAAUGAUUAAUAGGGAGCGUGAAGAGGAAAACCAGCGUAAAGUUGAGGUUGAGAAUGAAUGUUCACGCAUGCAGGAUUUGUUAGAAGAGCUAGAACGGUCGAAGGAACUACUAAAUAAGGCAAGCACUCACAAAAUGGAAGAGAAUCAGGCUAACUUUGAAACUGAAUUGCGAAAGAGGGACAGAGCAAUCAAUGCACUUUUGGGUUGCUGUAAUAAGUCUAGAUCUUCUAAUUUACAAGAGCUCGCCCAGGAAGCAAUUUUGCAUACUGCGUCAGAAAUUGUGCCUGACUUGGUUGGGAUUCUUCACCAAGUGCAAAAGAUCGAUGAAAAAAACGUAAGGAUUAGGGAUAAGGCUAUUGAAUUGGCUACUGGAAGUGGUAGCUUUGAUGAUCCAAGUACAUCAAGUGCUGCUUUCUCUACAGAUGAUGAGGUUUCAGAAGUAAACAUGACGAAAGUUUUUAAAAAGAGUGAGAAAAUGGCAAAGUAUCUUGACGCUGCUCUUUCCAAACAGCAAAACGAAAUGGAGUUAUCAGUUCGCAAAGAGGUGGAGCGCAAAAUGGCAGCCUUUGAUGCUGUUGGAGGGGAUGAUCAACAAACGGACAGAUCAUAUCAUCUGGUCCUCUUACCUAACGUUAGUGCAUCAAAUGAUCUUUUAAAUGCUAGUCGCUACGUUAAUCAGGAAUUAAGCUCUUUAAAACAAAAAGUUGCGGGAUUCCGAGCUAUUUGCGUACAGCUGUUUGAAAAAUUACAAGGCUCUGCUGGUUCUUUGCAGAGGAUCUUGGCUGAGGUCUGCGAUGAUGAUGAAGGUCGUUCAAUCUUAGAUGAGGUUAAAGCAAUGCGAAUUGAUUUGAAUCAGUCUGUUGAGGCAGCAAACUCUCUUCUCGGGAAGUUUGAAGUUGUCCAGAAAAGUGUUCUUGAAUUAACUGGAAUGCUUGAGCGAUCGGUUCAGCAGCAGUUGAGUGAUUCUCUAGAAGACCUCUGUUCUUCCAAAAUUGGAGACAGACAAGAGAAUAGAGUGGUAUGUACUGAGCAAGGUCCCAGUGGUGAAUAUCAGAGAGUUGCUGAAGCUGAAAAUCGAAUAAAAGAACUGGUAUCUGAAAUAGAAUCUCUCCGGUUUGAAAAUGAAAAAUUUGCAGCAGAAAAAGAAAGUUUGAAGUUAUGUUUGCAGGAAAUGAAAACUCAGAUUGACAAGGCUAAUGACGAAAUUAAGGGAACAAGGGCUUGUUGCGAGGGGUUAACUUCAGAGGUGUCCACCCUUCAGAUAGCAAAUGAAAAGAAAGACGACAAUUUAAAGACUUUGGCUGAGGAACUCGCUGCAAAGGACAAACAGUUUCUGGAGUAUAAAGCUUAUUACGACGAGCUUUCUAAAGUGGAAAUGGAAUCGCGGGAACUCAUUAGAUCUUUAAAGGAGACAGUCGGUUCUAUACCUCAGAAAAUUGUUGAUGUAAUCACCGGGAAAAAGGUUAUUAAUGAGGAUGGUCAGCCUGUUUGGGUUGCUGAGACCGACCGACGUGUUGUUGCCUUGAGAGAUGAGUUUGCUCAGAUGCGUGUGGCUAUUGAUGAGUCUGCUAUGAAUCUUGCUAAUUUGAAGGCGAAGUACGAUGAGAUCGUGAAAGAUGCGGGUGUUUUGAAAAAAGAAAAUGAUACUAUGGCAGUUAAACUAGCAGAUUUUGAGGCGAAAUUUGCAAGCAUGCGUUCAGACAGUAUUCAAACAGAGCUGACAGGCUUAGAGAUGGUUCGGAAAGAGGCAGAAUAUGAGCGUUGUAUUGUGGAAAAUAGCGCUUCAAAGCAAAAUGUUGCUAAGCUUUGCACAGCAGUGUCAGAAUUGGAAGGUGAACGGGAGGAAUUGAUUUCUUCUCAGAAUCAGAUCCCCAAGAAAAGCAGGCUUGCUAAAACUCCAUUUUCGUCUGAGAAAGUUGGUACAAUGACAGAUCUUUCUGCUAUGGAUAUAGAAGAGUUGAAUAGACGUCUGGACGAGUAUUGUGGAUUUAUUGUUGAACUCUAUCGCUCCUUUUCAACGGAAUCUGAUUCAUUCGAUCCUGAAAAGGAGUUCUUCGCUAAAGAAGAAUUAGAUCAUUUGAAAGCUGGCAUUAUUAAAGUUACGGCUGAUUGCCACCAUUCAAGUGAUACUUGUAAAGGAGAUGCAGUAUUAGACAAGGAUAAUUUGGCGAAGGUUGUUGCUGUUGAAUUAGUGGGGAGUUCCAGCGCUGUUUCUUCACCCUUAAAAUCCACUAACUCAUCAGUCCUUUCUCAAACUCAGACUGCGACAGUCACUAACGCCGAAAGUGUACAUAAAUACAAAGAUUAUAAUAAACUAACAUUAGUUCCAGAAAAGGUUGUCUCUGCUGAUUUUGUUCCGAUGUCAUCCACAAUCUUCUCUUCAAAGUUCUGGCAGCUGCUUUUUGGAAAUUCAAACGAGAUUGUUCAGCUUUUGAAAGCUCAUAACAGUUGCACUUCAGUUACGGGGUCUGUCGAUAAGGCGUUAGCUAAGUCGCGUAGUCUUCGUAGCAAACUCUACACAGCUCAAGAACAAGCUCUAAAAAUGCAGAAACUCAAAGAGAACGUCGAUCCGGCUAUGAGUCUGGACGAGUUACAUGAGCAGUUGCUGAUCCUGCAACACGCCUUAUCUAACGCAAAUUCUCUUCUGCUACAAGCAGAGCAAAGGUUGUCUAAAAAACCUGAUGCGGAGUCAAUAAGGAAAUUGGUUAUCAACGAAAUGGUUGAAAUUCGGAAUGUUUUAAAGGCGACUCACCGCGAUGCUUGUAAGCUGUCUUCUAGCAAGUAG